CCCCACACAGGGAUCAGACAUAACGCAUCAAUAACCAUGUUGGAGGAGAACGGCACGCAGCUGCGGCUCCGCGAGUACAGCUUCGAGCGGCGCUUCGACGAGAGAGGCGCCAUCGAGUGGAUGCAGGCGAACUGGAGUAAAUCCUUCCUGUUCAGCGCCAUCUAUGUCGCCCUGGUGUUCGGAGGCCGGCACUACAUGAAGCAUCGACCCAAGAUGAACCUGCGGCGGCCGCUCGUCCUCUGGUCGCUCAGCCUCGCCCUCUUCAGUAUCAUCGGAGCGAUGCGGACCGGCUCCUACAUGGUCCACGUCCUGAGCGGCAGCGGCUUCAGACAGUCCAUCUGCGACCAGAGCUUCUACAACGGGCCCGUCAGCAAGUUCUGGGCCUACGCCUUCGUCCUCAGCAAGGCGCCGGAGCUCGGCGACACGGCGUUCGUGGUGCUGAGGAAGCAGAAGCUGCUGUUCCUGCACUGGUACCACCACAUCACCGUGCUGCUCUACUCCUGGUACUCCUACAAGGACAUGGUGGCCGGCGGCGGCUGGUUCAUGACCAUGAACUACGGCGUGCACGCGCUCAUGUACAGCUACUACGCGGCGCGCGCCGCUGGGCUGCGAGUGCCGCGGCCGCUGGCGGCGCUCAUCACCAGCGCUCAGAUCGGGCAGAUGGCCAUGGGGCUGGCAGUGAGCGGCCUGGUCUACAGGUGGAUGCAGCAUGGCGACUGCCCGUCGCACCUCGACAACAUCGCCUGGGCGGCGCUCAUGUACCUCAGCUACCUGCUGCUCUUCUCCAACUUCUUCUACCAGACGUACCUGCGCCAGAAGACUACCAAGGCCGAGUAGGGGCGCGCCGCAGUGCAUUAUGGGGGAUGGAAUCGGCUUCUCUGAAUUGAAUCUGGAUGAUUCUCGUUAAUUAAUUUAUUCGUCUUCUGACUGACUGAGUGUUGGGAUCGUAAAUCACCUGCUUGUGAUGUGGCGGCGCGUCGCCUCUGACUCCACGGAUUGGACCAGCAGCAGAGGGGGCGGGGCUAGGCCGUCGGAGGCGAUGCGGCGCUGGUUGGACUGGUCUGAGCUGCAGCAGAAACGUUUUUAACUCGACAAGGAUCAGUUAUAAGAUUUCUUCUAUUGGGAUUUCGAUGAGUUUUGACUCCUUUAAAGCAGCGACAACUUGUUCUUAAUUUUUUUUAAAUGAAUUCAUCGUUUAGUGUUGAGUCUUCUACGAAACUUCAGAUUCAGUUUAUGCAGACGAAAGAACAGUUGGUUUCCUUUGACUUCUUGCUGGAUGAAAGAAGCAAAUCUGUUUGUUUAAUAUAAUUGUCUCUAAACACUCAUUGUUCCACUAAAUGUUACUUUGUUAAUGUCACAUGGUGAAUAAUUUGUACUUAAUGUUUUGCACCCGUUUGUAUUUUACUAAAUACUGAGACUUCUUAAUCACAAACAGGUUUAAUCUUUCAUUUGUAAUGUUAUUUGUAUUGUGUGAUCGUGGAAGCUGAUGAUGAAGCUGAUGAUGAAGCUGAUGAUGAUGCUGAUGAUGAUGCUGAUGAUGAUGCUGAUGAAGCUGAUGAUGAUGAUGAAGCUGACUUUCUGCAUGAACACUUGGUUUUUAUGUGUCUGUCCUUCAGGGUUCAGAUGUUUGUUUAAUUUGACUUUACAUAAUAAAGAAGCGGUUUAUAAAUAUGGAGUCUUUUCUCUUUUAAGCAGA